ACAAGCAAAGUCUGAAAAAAAUGAACUGCUUUGCGAUCGUAUGUCUGUACAUGAGUGCUGUAGUACUCACACAAGCUGAGGGCAAGAGGGUCGUCAUGUUGCCCGGCAUUACCAAAAGUUAUUUUAUCCAACACGCCAACAUAGGUCAGGCUCUGAUAGACCUGGGUCACGAGGUGUGGAUCUUCAUGCCAGAGUACCUGAGUAACUCCAGCUUGAUCAAAUAUAAAGACAUCAAGAUCUCAACGUUUGGGGAAACGCUGGGUGAUAUGGAGAAACAAAUGUACACAAAGCUAGCGAAUAACUUGUGGGAGGGGAAGCAACCAUCUUUUCGUCAACACUUAGAUGCAGCCAAAGCCUUUAGAUACAAUAUCAACAGAAUUUUAGAUGAGAAAUCUUUAAUUGAUAACAUAAUAAAGAUCAAACCAGAUUUUCUAGUGAUUGAUGGCUUUAUGUUUAAUCGAAACUUGUUUGUUAUUCCGUACAAACUGAAUGUUCCUUUCGCUAUUGUUGGAUUUGUGCAUGACCUGACUAUGCACAGAGUGCCAUUCAGCCCUGCCGUAGAGCCACAAGUCCUAAACGGAUUGACCAAUAAAAUGAACUUUUAUGAAAGACUAACCUCAACCUUACUUACAAUUCUUGAGCUAAGCUAUGACGUAUUUUCUGAUAGUGACAUUGUGACUAGAAUAGCACCAGAAAAACUCUACACGACAAUUAGUGAAAUUAUAUUAAAAGCUGAAAUUUUUAUUACCGAACUUGAUCACAUCCUGGAUUAUCCCAGACCAAUGUUACCCAACACAAAGCUGAUUGGUGGAUCUUCUGUCAGUGAGCCAAAGCCUUUGAUUGGUGAGUUUAAACAGUUUGUUGAAAAAUCUACCAAUGGGAUUGUCGUUGUGUCUUUUGGAACUAACGACUUUUCCAUUCCUGAAGAAAUUUUAACAAAACUGUCGUCCGCUUUUCAACAACUGAAUCUGGACGUCAUCUGGAGAGUAAAAAAGGCCUCUAAUAUUUCAACUAACAUUCUAACGUCACACUGGAUUCCACAGAAUGACCUACUUGGACACCCAAAGACCAAAGUCUUUGUUUCCCAUUGUGGUAAAAAUGGACAAUACGAGGCUUUGUAUCAUGCUGUUCCUAUCCUCUGCCUCCCUAUAUUCGGUGACCAGUUUUAUAAUUCUAAAAGAAUUCAGGUCAAAGGUUACGGCUUGAAAAAAGACAUUAAAAACAUUUCCACCCAGGAGAUAAUUAGUGCUAUAAAAGAACUCGUUUAUGACAGCAAAUACAAACGAAAUAUUGAGAAAGCGUCCAAGCUAUUCAAAGAACUUUACAAAGUUCCAUCCAAAGAAGCCGCUUACUGGAUAGAUCACGUGAUGAAGUAUGGCGGAGACUAUAUGAGGUCAUCAGGACAGGAAAUGCCGUUGUAUCAAUUUCUUCUUCUUGACGUCAUAGCUUUUAUAGCUGCUGUUCUGUCUGCUAUAAUCUUUGUUUUUAUCUUCACUGCCAGGUUUUUCUGCAUAUGUUUGAGUAAUCACAUAAAACGUAAGUCGAAGAUGGAAUAA